AUGGCUGCCCCGUCCGCAUGGCCAAAGCCGGGACAAGCAAGGGAGAGAAUCAGAGUCCAUCACGGCCCAGCUGUUAUCCAGAAAAGAACCGACUUCAUUCUUCACCGGGUCCACUCUCCUUCUCUCACCGGGCUGUGCCUUUGUCCUCGGCCCACGGGGGCAGUCUCCACGACUGAUCCUAGAUCGACCCGCAUCUUCCUUGUCUGCUGGCUCUUCGAAAAAGAAGCACGCUCGUUAUUUCGUUGUUUUCUCUGGUCCAUUUCGGGGUUGACUGCCUGGCAGCCAAUCAGACGACGUACGCAGCACCCUCUUGUCCAACCCACCAAGUCUCAUACGACCAAAAUGGAUCCGCCAAUCUCGUACAUCUGGUUCUCCGGUACCGACCGGGAACCCGACUGCUUCGCCCCAGUCCCAGUCCCAGUCCAACAGAUCGCCCCUCCCCCUCCCGGUGCUGUCGAGGAUAGUUUGCCCCAGUUGACAUUCAACUUCCCGUCCUGGUACGCUUUGCCGCCUAGUGAUCUCUCGGAAAUUGAACCACGAUCAAAGCGACCAAGAUUCUAUCCACCCUCCCCCCCUGCCUCGUCGUCUUCCCAGAUCGAGUCGUACAGUCACGACGUAUCGCAGCUAGUCUCGGAGAUAUCCGCGCCAACCUGUCCCGUUCACGGACACCAUGACUGGCUUUUCCAACCAAUGAACCUUGUCAACGUACCCAUGGAGACCCAUUUACAUCCUCUUUCGAGACGCGUCGCAGAGUUUGGAAGACUAAUUUGCUCGUGUGCGACACUGGAUCCCCACGACCCCGACGGUUAUGAGCGUCUUCUUGACGGCCAGGCUGGCUCUAACGCAGAUCAACAGUAUGUGGCCGAAAAAUCGUCUCUGGCGCUUGCAACUGAUGUCCGUUGGUUUCCCACGUAUCAUGCGUGGGAGACUGCUGCUGGCAGAUAUUCCAAUCAGAAUGUCUUAAGACCACAUGAAUUCAACGGACAACAGCCGUUUGGACCGGAGCCUCUUAUGAACGCGUCAUGCUCGCCCCCGGAGCAGUACCCGUUUACUUUGGAGCCUGCCAACCCAACUAUUCCCAUUUCUGCCUUUACCAUUGCUCGAGCGCAAACCCAGCCUGAAGCCUCGGACGCGCAAUGGGCCGGGCCACGUCCAGGGAAGCGCGGACCUUUUCGAGAUCCAUGUCUUCGUCAAGAAACCGCCUACACGAGGAAGAUUGGGUGCUGUAUACGAUGCAGAAUGCAGCGAAUACGUUGUGAUAAAAACCCUGACGACCCAGAUGGCACCUGUCUCACCUGUAAAAAGGUGGCUUUUGCAAAAACGGGCCAGCUUCCCUGUCUGAGGUAUAAAAUUGCUGAUAUAGCAUUGUACAAGUCCGGCCAGGUGCCAGGGUUUGAGUGGACCAGACGUUGGUCGAAUGAACUCUCGGACCCGAUUGAUACCUGGGCCUCUACGGAAAUCAGGACCAUUCGCAUCUCGGAAGGGUACUCUGCCAGCGUCGUCGAGUUGCAGGUUCGCCAGUUUGUCCCGUUGGAAGGCGACAAGUUGGACAGGACCUGGGACUACAAGGGAGAGAAGAAGUCUGUCCGCAUACCACCGUUUGCCCUCGUCGACACUCAAAAGGCUAGAAAAGCCUUUGCAAAGCACAUUGAUGCCAGCAUCAACGAGACGCUCAAGAAGAUUACGAAGUCGAUCAAAGGCUCGUCGGUGAGCGUGAUGCAGAGGACCUAUCUCGAAGCCUUUCGUCUUGCGCAACGGACUGACAUUGCACCCGAGGUGUCGAAUAUUCUGCAGACUACGUUUCGGCUGUGGACAUCGACGAGGCUCAACACAAUCUCGUGCUUUAUUGUCGGAGACGACACACUGGACAUGCCGGCUGACAUACUCGACGAGACCAGCCCGACGCCGGGCAAAGUUCCCGUCCCCCCCGUCAUGGGCGCGCAGCUCAACUUGAUCAUGAUUCACCAGAUACAGGCAAAACUGCGAAAGUCGGUACUGGACCAGCUGCAAAAGAUUGUGCAAAAGAACAAGCAGAGCACCUGGCUCGUCACGUACUAUGUGGAUUUUAUCCUGCUGCACAAUGCAUCCAUGAUUAUUGCUCACGAUGAAGGGUAUGCAAGGAAGCAUGGAAUCAAGCGACGCUUCGCCCGCGAAGACAAGGUUACCGAGUACCACGUCGGCGCAAACAUUGUUCUCGCAUACUUUCACUACUGCAACAAGGGCAUGUAUCCAUUUACAGACGAGUGCAGCGAUGUAGAAUUGAGAAGCCUGGCCGAGCUGAGCGAGCAAGAAAUCGGCAUUGUUCGUGGCAUGGCGGCAUAUGCAAAAUUGCGAGCUAAUGUUGACAAAGAGGCGGAAUGGGAGCGACUGAGAGAGUCUCGCGAAUACGACCAUCCUGAGUACUACAUUUGCCAGAUGUUUGAGCAGAACUGGAAACCUCGCACCAUGAUUGUUUAG